AUGUACAGGUACAUACAUUCACAUAGGGACAAACACGGAUCCAGUCGACUGCAGCCUUACACACCGAAUGACAGUCUGAAUAAUGCGUUAGGUACCAUCAGAGUCCUUGGAUUGGAACUGAUUGAGGAUGAACUAAAACCACAUCUGAACACAGUGCUGACUGACAUUAAGGAGAGGAAGAAAGGCGCUGCUGAGCAGGUCGUAAUCAGUGGGAUCCUGCCCAUCCUGGCCCUGUCUCUGAGGAGCAGAGGUCCUCUCACUCUGCUCACCGCGAAACUUGUGGCUGAACUCGCCAAGGAAUCUGUGGUUCGUAAAGGUUUCGGUGAUGCAGGCUUGGUUACAGCUCUUUUGUCAGUGCUGACCAGUACAGACCAAGAACUACUGCUUCACAUUACAAGAGCCAUCUCACGAAUGUCUUAUGACAGCUCUAAGCAGCAAGAACUGUUACUACAUCGAGGUGCAGUGCCACGUCUUGUUGCGAUCCUUCUCCGUUAUCCGGAUAAGGAGGCCCUGGAGGACGUGUGCCUUCAGACCCUGUGUAACCUCAGUGGUAUGGGAGUGGCAGAAGAGGUGGGGAUUAUCUGGGAGAGGGGUGCAUCUGUGAGGCCAGGGGAGUCUGUGUUCCAUGGUGUCUGUCCUCAUACCUGUGGUUUUACCUCAUCUGUGACUCUGAUGCAUGUGUGUCAAUGGGCACCAGGUCAAUACACGGUCAACAUUGAGGUUUUCCAGCGCUGCUGCUCCUCCUUCUGGAACCUUCACAGGACCAAACAGACUGCUUGUUGGUUCCCAUUCUCUAGUUUGGGAAGUUGUUUAAAUCUAUACAAGGUGAUCAAGUUCUCUACAAAGAAUAUUCCUCGAACACAAAGUCUGAAGAGCCAUGUGUUUCACACUUUCCUCUGACCGCUAAAAAGCUG